AUUUUCACAUAGUUUGCUGGAGUAGGAAGUUAUAAUUUUCAUCCGUACUUUUUUCCGAAUUCCGAAGAAUAAUAAUGAUACGGAAAAUGUGAGUGUUUUCUUGGAACGUAGUGUAUCGGCAAACUCACUGAGUCAAACACUACACGGCCUCAUGAAUCCGUACGAGAAGGAGUUCAACAAAGGAAAAGAGGAUGCGAUUUUUGAAAUGUUCAAAAUUCCUGGGAAAAAUCAAGCGUCUAUCGGACGACUACUAACGAUAUUGAAGUCUUUGGGUUUACGUAUAGACGAUCCUCGUCUCAAAUCUAUGAUGCGACACCUCAAAGAGAUUGAAAAACAAGAAGAAGCGAAAACAAACGAAGUUACCGAACCGAAACGCUGGAAGCUAAACAAGGAACAAUUUAAAGAAUGUGUUGCACACAGUGUAGAUCUGAUCUCUCAAGCACUGCAAAACAAUCUCGUUAUUCCGUCUUGGUCGAAAUUUGUCGAACAAAUCAAAAUAUUCUAUCUGGAAUGCCUAGAAAUUCGUAGUGGUUCCGUUGCCACCUACAUUCCACAGCUGGCAAGACAAUCACCGGAUAAAUGGGGUGUAUCAAUUUGUACAGUGGACGGACAACGAGUUUCCUUCGGAGACGCGAAAACGUCAUUUUGUGUUCAGUCUCUCUCAAAAGCGUUCAACUAUGCAAUCGCUGCGUCGGAUCUUGGAGCGGACUAUGUGCACUCAUAUGUUGGACAGGAGCCAAGUGGUCGCUUUUUCAACGAAAUAUGUCUAGAUGCAAAAAAUAAACCACACAAUCCCAUGGUGAAUUCUGGAGCGAUAGUCGUCACUUCACUUAUCAAAAGCACGUGGAAUAUGGCGGAUAGAUUUGAUUAUGUGAUCACCGAAUACAGAAAGAUUGCCGGUGGAGAAUAUAUUGGAUUCAAUAAUGCGACGUAA